GAGCAGAGUAUUUCAUAUAGUGUAGUUGUGUGCGGGUCGGCAGCGAUGACAGGGCAGUAUAAAUUGUUUUUAAGCAAACGCUUGGUAACAGAAAAAGAAAUAUUUAGCGGUGGUGUUGUUGUCAACGAAAGCGGUGUUAUAGUAGAUGUUCUAAGCCGAAACGAUGCCGAUAAAUUGAUAGCAGAAAGCAAGGAUGAAAUUGAAGUGAUAGAUGGUGGAGAAUGUGCCUUAAUAGCAGGAGUUGUGGAUUCUCAUGUACAUGUCAACGAGCCUGGUCGCACUGCCUGGGAGGGGUUUCGAACUGCAACCAGUGCCGCAGCCGCUGGUGGUAUCACCACGAUUGUUGACAUGCCUUUGAAUUCCAUCCCACCUACAACCACAUUAGAAAAUCUUAAUAUCAAGGCAAAUUCAGCAAAGGGCCAUGUUUACGUCGAUGUUGGUUUUUGGGGCGGAGUCAUCGUUGGAAACGAUUCUUCAUUGCGUGAAUUAGUUAAAGCUGGAGUAGUUGGAUUCAAAUGUUUCUUAUGUCCGAGUGGCGUCGACGAGUUUCCUAAUGUCAGUCGUAAAGACUUGGAGUUAGCCUUUAAAGCCCUUGAAGGAACCGGAUCAGUCUUAGCGUUUCAUGCAGAGCUUGAAGAUGAUUCUUCCAAUAAAAAGAAGACUAAUGAACAGGAUCCCGAGGAAUAUAAAACAUACCUCGAAUCACGACCGCCUAAGAUGGAAAUCAAUGCAAUUACACUUAUUACGGAGUUUUUAGCAAAAACGAAUGUUCGGGUCCACAUCGUGCACGUGUCUUCGGCGUCGGUGGUCCCGUUGCUCGAGAGCGCCCGCGCAGCACGUAUCGCUGCGGGUCAUGACGCGUGGCGCGGCGGCGUCACCGCUGAGACCUGCCACCACUACCUCUCGCUCAGCGCUGACGAGAUACCGAAGGGUCACAGCGAGUAUAAGUGUGCACCCCCCAUAAGGGAUUUGGAUAAUAAGGAAAAGCUGUGGAAAUAUUUAUUGGACGAUAAGUUGGAUAUGGUAGUAUCAGAUCAUUCGCCGUGUACUCCUGAACUUAAAUGUAGCAACAACUUGGAAGCUUGGGGUGGCAUAUCAUCUGUUCAAUUCGGCCUCUCGUUGUUCUGGACGCAAGCCAGUGCUCGAAAUUUGGACAUGAGGUCGAUAACGAAGUACUUGAGUGUCGGUCCCGCCCAAUUAUGCGGUUUGGAAAAACGUAAAGGAGCAAUUAAGCCUGGUCUCGAUGCAGAUCUAGUAUUUUUCGACCAUGAAGAAUCCUUCGUCGUUACCUCGGACAUUAUCCGGCAUAAGAAUAAGUUGACUCCUUACAUUGGAAAAGUAUUAAAAGGCGUGGUUAAAAAAACUUACCUCCGAGGUAAAUUGAUUUAUGCAGAUGGAGAAGUUAUUGAACAACCGAAAGGAAAAUUAUUGCUCAAAAAUGUCGAUAAUUAGAAUAAAAAAUAUGAUGAUAAUCAUAAAUAGAAUACGAUGCUUGUUCAAUAAAGUUUUGCUAUAAAGUG